CUAAGCAAACAAUACAUCCUUUUCGCAUAUUCUCCACGACAAACCACAAACAACGAUGCCUUCGCAUAUCCGCCACCACUGGACAACUACUAUUCGCUAAAUGCAUUUCCUGUACCAUAUCUCCAACUCAACGACCUAUCAACAAAACGACAGUCAACUAUUAUCAAGGCAAUGACAAGGAGAUUGUUAAUUAGUCAUAUCACUUGUUCAUCAUAUAACUAA